AUGAUUGGUAUGGUUUUCAGAUUUAUUAGCUCUUUUACAAUCAUCUUUUAUUCUUGCAUUAAUUCUAACCAAGAAAGUUAUGAUGCAGCUUGUGUAAGUCCAGCUGAUACAAAUGCCGAGGAGACAUUGAAUACACUAAAGUACGCUAAUCGUGCACGCAAUAUCCAGAACAAGGCAGUGAUUAAUCGAGACCCAGCAGCCGCACAAAUGCAACGAAUGCGGAGCCAAAUUGAGCAGCUGCAGACAGAACUCUUGUUCUAUCGUGGUGACAGUGGUUCUUUUGAUGAGCUCCAGAUCCUCAAACAUAAAGUAUCAUUGCUUGAGACAAGCAACCGUGAGCUACAAAAUGAACUUCAAGAACGGAGAGUAGCCUGUGAGCAUUUCUCAAAACGUGCUCAUGAUGCUCAGGUUGAGAAGGACAAACUUAUAAUGACAAUUGAAUCUGUUCGCAAUGGUAAAUCCUUGGAUGAGAUUGAAUCUUGCCAAGAUGAGGAAGUUGGUUUGAUCAACAAGUACGUUUCGAAAAUUGAAGAGCUAGAAGGAGAGCUGUUGCAUGUCAAAAGCUUAAAGAAAGUCAGUAACUACAAAUAUUCUGAGUCUGUUGAUUCUUAUGAAGAUGGGCCCCGUUCGAGUAAUGUCUUGUUCCCCUCAUCCAAUGAGUCGUCAGAUUGUGAAGACAAAGUGAUGGAUGUCACAGAUGAGGUUGAAUUUCAAGAAAAGGAGCUUGAACAUUGCUCACUUCAAGAAAAGUUGGAUAUGGAGCUAAAGGAAUUGGAUAAGAGACUUGAAGAGAAGGAGGCUGAGAUGAAGCGUUAUUCAAGUGGUGGUACAUCUGUUCUCAAACAACAUUAUGAGAAAAAGGUCCAUGAACUAGAACAAGAAAAAAGGGCAUUGCAGAGAGAAAUUGAAGGCUUGAGGCAGAACCUUGCUAGCAUACCAUCUGCCCCAGGCGAUGGUGCUCAAAAACUAAAGGAAUCGUAUCUUCAGAAACUGAACGUGCUUGAAACCCAGGUUUCUGAGUUGAAGAAGAAACAAGAUGCACAGGCUCAACUCCUAAGGCAAAAGCAGAAAAGUGAUGACGCAGCAAGAAAACUGCAAGAUGAAAUUCACAGAAUCAAGUCCCAAAAGGUGCAAUUGCAGCAAAAGAUUAAGCAAGAAUCGGAGCAGUUCAGGGCUUGGAAGGCCUCAAGAGAAAAGGAAGUCAUGCAGCUCAAAAAAGAGGGAAGGAGAAAUGAGUAUGAAAUGCACAAGCUCAUGGCUCUGAAUCAAAAACAGAAGCUGGUUUUGCAAAGGAAGACAGAAGAGGCAUCCCAGGCGACAAAGAGGCUCAAAGAGCUUCUAGACAAUCGAAAGGCCUCUUCGCGCGAAGCAUUGAGUGGUGCAAGUGCUAAUGGUCCAGGAACUCAGGCACUGAUGCAAGCAAUUGAACAUGAGAUUGAAGUAACUGUUCGGGUCCACGAAGUACGUUCUGAGUACGAGAGGCAAACGGAAGAGAGAGCAAGAAUGGCGAAGGAAGUUGCAAGGCUAAAGGAAGAGAACGAGUUGCUCAAGAAUGCCAAGAUAAGCGUUCAUGAUGAUACCAUGUCUCCGGGUGCAAGAAACUCGAGAAUUUUUGCUCUGGAGAACAUGCUUGCGACAUCUUCAAACACUCUCGUUUCCAUGGCAUCACAAUUAUCUGAAGCAGAGGAGCGCGAGCGUGUGUUUGGUGGAAGAGGAAGGUGGAACCAAGUUCGAACAUUGGGUGACGCAAAGAGCAUCAUGAACUAUCUGUUCAAUUUGGCAUCAAGUGCGAGGUGUCUAGCUAGAGAUAAAGAAUCAGACUGCAGAGAAAAGGAUGUCUUAAUAAGAGACCUGAAAGAGAAAAUUGUAAAGUUUAGUAGUUUUGUUAGAUACUUGGAGAUCCAAAAAGCAGACCUCGCGCAUCAGGUGAAGGCACAGGCCUCUGAAUUGAUCAAAAGGUCUGCACAGGAGAAUCUAAACAAUGAGCACAGCUUGAAAAAGCAGGAAGCCCGGAACUCGGUCAUGAUUCACGAGGACAUGGAUACCUCUGAUUCUGAUGAGUCGGACCAUGAACGGGAAGAUCCAGAUCUUGAUGAUGAAUGGAAACCAGAACAGGAAUCAGAGCGUGAGUCGGAACAAGAAUCAGUUAUAAAACUGAACAGGAAACGCAACUUCAAAGUUGGAAGACGGCGCUCUAGUGUGGUGGUGCCGAGGCGUUCCUAUGAAGAGAACUCGGAAUCUCUUUCUGAUGAGGCAGCGAAACCAACCUCAUCAUCUGAUGUAUGUUGCACUUGCAGUAAGAGCUCUUCUUGCAAGACGAUGAAGUGUCAGUGUCGAGCUACAAAGGGAUCUUGUGGUCCUUCAUGCGGUUGUUCUUCAGUUAAAUGUUCCAACAGGAACAACGCCACCUCAACACUGGAGCACGGUGAGAACUCUCAGGAAGAACAACAACAAGUCCUUGCUUCACGUGGAGCUUUGCUGCUGCAAAACGCUCUUGCUAACAAGCCAGUGGAGGAGACUAAUGAUGGAGAAGGAACCAAAACAAGAAGAAAACCUCUCUCUGACAUCGGAAACACGACGGGUAAAACAAAUGUGCCAAAGCCAAUGAAGAGAAAGAAAUGGCUGAAGCAGAGGCUUCAACUUGUUGUAGAUCCACCACCAACAACAACAACAACACCACAAACUUCAUCUCAGGAGCCGAGCGACUCGGGAGAGGCAAAUAGUACCAAACUGAAACUACCGAGGUCGAUAAGGUCAAAGUCUUCUAACGGCAGCAACAUGCUGAGAGAAAGAAACGCUGACCAAAGCGGGGGUGAUUUUGUGCAGAGCGGUUCUGGUGGGGCAAGUGGAAGUACAACUUCAGAUGAAAAAGAGAACCACACUCGUCGGAUGUAACCAGGAAACAAAGAUUGGUUUGGAUCUUUUUCUUAUUAUCCGAUGAUCUUUAUGUUGGUGUGUGUCAAGAACAUGUUUUCUAGAUGAAUACAUAAGCGAAUUUUUAGGAGUUGUGUCUUAUGUGACAUAACAAAACCAGUGGGAUACAUGUUCCAACGGCUUGCAGAAAUAUUUAACAUUAACACAAUUCGGUUUGGUUUGCUAUCUUUAUUUCGGAUAUUUUAGUCUUGUGGUUUGAUAUAUUCUCGGUAUACCGCUGGUUAUAUUAUUGGGUUAGUUCUUGAUA